AUGGCUCUGAGCUCCUUUGGACUGAGUCGGACAGGUGUAUCAAUCAGUGACAUCUCCAGCCUGCUUGGCCUAUUGGUCGAUGGUGGUGGCUUUCUGGCAAACCUGAACGUGUUGGCCAUCGCACUUCGGCAGAUUCGUGAUUUGCGACCAAUAGCUAAAACCUUUGACGGAGCUAUUUGGUGGAUGUCACACUUCCUGCACACUUCUUCACUCACGACGCUGAUACUGGGCGAAGUUCCGUCCUCCCGAAGGUCUGCACUUGAGGGACAAGGCUUUCCGAAUGGAAUGAAUCCAUUGGGCCCUUUGGGUAUGCUUGGGGAUGAUGGUGGUGAGCCUGGUGAGCCUGGUGAGCCAUUCAGCACGGAGGCAGCUUUUCAACUGCUGGACGCGCUGCAGUUUUUGCAAAGGGAGGCUGUGCCCGCGCUCUUGAGCCUCGAGGCAGCCUCUGUCGCCGGCCUAACUGAAGGCCUGCCCCUUGAGCCUGCGCUGCGAGACAUUCAGAGUUUUGUCUCGAGGAUCACAAACACAACCAGGGGAGAGAUCGAAACUUCCGUGGUGCCUAGCCUACUCAACGGAUCCCUAUCGACUGGAAUCUGCAGUUCUCAGGCAGCACCCGCCGUUGGACAACUCAUAGCUCGAACACACGAGCGUUGCCCGUUUUACCGUGCAGUAGUCCCUCAACUUGCCAGAGGCAGUUUGACCUCUGGUCUGCUUGAAACUCAGAGCUGCCACGUGUAA